AUGAGCGCUGAGCCUGAGCUGCAGCAGCAACGGCCUGGAGGACAAAGGAGCUGUGGUGCUGGGGGCAAGAAGUCCAAAAAGCGUAGCUGCCGCAAAGACAACUACUCUAUCUAUAUCUACAAGGUGCUCAAGCAGGUGCACCCUGACAUCAGCAUCUCCUCCAAGGCCAUGAGCAUCAUGAACUCCUUUGUGAACGAUGUGUUUGAGCGACUGGCAGCAGAGGCCACCCAGCUGGCCCAGUACUCCGGCCGUACCACCUUGACCUCCCGGGAAGUGCAGACAGCCGUGCGCCUGCUGCUGCCUGGGGAGCUGGCCAAGCAUGCUGUGUCUGAGGGCACCAAGGCCGUCACGAAGUACAUCAGCUCCAAGUGA